AUGUCAGAAGUGUGCGGUACUGGUGGUUACUUUAGAAGAUGGAAAACUGUUGCUGUAGACAUUGCCAAGAAUACCGAUCCUCCAUCUUCCGGAGUUUUUAUGGACAACAAAGGAAAAUACAGUUAUGAGGAUGAAUGUAGCAACCGUAUAACCCUAGUAAAUGAAACUAGCAGCAUUAUUGGCUACAAGAGGUAUCUACAUUUAUUCCCAGAGUCGGGAUUUGCCGGAGCCUCUUUCUACCUGGGAGGUAUCAAGUUUAACGGGGAAAUUCAGACUGGGUUUAAAGACAUUACUUGGUUUUUAGAUAGAGUAACAGUCUACUACUUUCUCUGGGAUUAUCACAACCUCGUACCUCUAAUACUUUGUCUUACCAAUGAUGCAAAGACAUUCCAAGUUUAUAGAAGACUGGGCUCAUUCGUAAAGUCUUCUAAAGGCUGGAGUGAUAACGGAUUAAUUACAGGCACUCAUAGCACUAGAGCUAAGCUUGAGCAUGCAGAGUUUUAUCUACAAACUGUUGUGCUCGUUAGAUUGGGUAUAACAACUGGAGAGUAUGGCAUUCAUGGAGAAAUAAAAUCUAACAACAAAUUACCUACCCCGUACGUACCGGAUUGUUAUAUGUGCGUGAUUAGUUCCUACACCCUUGUAGACACUACAGUUUCCUGUAGGUUUGGGGAAUAA